AUUUAUCUAUAUAUUCAAUUUUAUAUGGUGAUAGUAAAAAAUAAGAAACAACAGCUGUUAUAACCUAUCAAGGAAAAGACGUAAAUAAAUUUUAUAAGUUAAAUUGUAUAAAGUUUCAUAUCAUGGAGGAACAAGAUAUUCCUAUUGAUAUUAAUAGUGGAAAAUUAUUAGAAUGGUUAAUUAAUAGAAGACAUUGCACUAAAGAUUGGCAUGUAAUGGUUUUACCAAUUAGAGAAAAAAUUAAUAAUGCAAUACAAGAUAUGCCUAUUCAUGAAGGCAUUGCAAAAUUAUUAUCUGGUUCAUAUAUCAAUUAUUUUCAUUGCUUGAAAAUAAUAGAAAUUUUAAAAGAAACUGAAGCUGAUACAAAAAAUGUAUUUGGCAGAUAUGGUUCACAAAGAAUGAAAGAUUGGCAAGAAAUAUUACGUUUAUAUGAAAAAGAUAAUAUAUAUCUUGCAGAAGUUGCACAAAUACUUAUAAGAAAUAUUAAUUAUGAAAUUCCAAGUACUAAAAAACAAAUUCAAAAACUAGAACAAAUACAAGUUGAAUUAGAAAAAAAAGAAGCUGACUAUAAAAAAUCAGAAAAUAUUGCUAGAUCAGAAUUUAAUUUACUUUGUAAGCAAUUAGGUAUUCCUGGAGAACAAAUAAAACAGGAAUUAACUGAGAAAGUAAAAGAACUUCCAGAAAUUUAUGAAAAAAUUGCCAAAAAAAUAAAAUCAUUAGAGAAAGUUGUAGAAUUUUAUUGUGCUUUUGUUAAUUAUACUCUUGGUAGACAGCAUGAUGGUGGUUGUGUUCCUAUGGUAAAAUAUAUAAUUGAUAAAGGAAAUACUACAACAUAUGAAUGGAUUUAUGGAGAAGCUCCACUAUCAGUUAGUGAACCAUCUUUAAAUAUAAGUUUAAAUAAUGAUGAUUUAGACAAUAAGAAAAUUGAAGAUAUUGAUAACAUUGGAAUUGAUUUUGGAAAAAUUGAUAUAAACAGUGGCAUAAAUUUUGAAGAUAUAAUGUUAGAAGGAGGUGAAAUUGAUUGGGGUGAUGAAAAUAUAGAUGAGGUUAUAGAAGAUGAAAAUAUAGAUUAUAAUAUUUCUUUAGAAGAAUCUGGUAUAGUUGUAGAAGCAGCUGGUCAUGAAGGUGGAAUUGCUACUGGUAGUAAAGCAUAUACUGUUCUCGACAACCCAUCAACAAGAAAUGAUUUUAUUAAUCAGUUAUUUGAGUUGGAAGCAUUUCUUAAAGUACGUUUAUAUGAGUUUAAAGGGGAUGAUAGUGUAAAUUUUUUAAGCUUUAGUCAAUUACAAGAUUCAUCUUCUAUUGUUCAGUAUUCUACAUUGGAAAAUACUCAAAAUAUGUUAGAUAAUGUUCAAGUUGUUUUAUCUGAAAUUUUGGAUACUAAAGUUCAACACUUACACAAUAUUAAACAUUCUGUAAGAUAUGUAGACGUUUUAACUUCAUCAUUGAAACAAAAAUUAAGCUUAGUUGAGAAAAUGAUAAUUUUACAAAAAAAUGUAAAAGAAAAACGAGAAAAUUCUGGUGAAAAUAUUAAUUCUAUUCGACCUUAUCUUCAACUUCUUAUACAAAGAACAAAGGAACUUCAAACAGAGAUCGAACAAGAUAUUUCAAAAAAAUAUAAAAACAGAACUGUGCAUUUAACUGGAAGUAUAAAUAUGUUGUAAAUAAUUAAAAAACAAAAAUAAACGAAAUAUGUCCAUUGUAAAUAAGUUUUUAUUACAAAAUAAAAAGAAUGUAUAGUAUUAUUUAAUGAUAUGUAAAGAAAUUACUAUAU